CUAAAGAAAACUUGUCAUCAUCAUCAGAUUCAUUCCUCCUCAGUCAGUCUCCUUCAGGAUCUUCUAUAAAGAUGCCAACAACCAACAGAAUCACCUCUGAAACCCAAAACUCUGAUAAAGUUUCUUCAGCAAAGAAAUCCAAAGCUGGAAACACACCUACAGCGAAGACUCCUGACUACGAGCCAAAUAUUCCAGAACCAAAAUGUCGAGCUGAUCUCAUCAAACACUGGGUCAACCUGACUUUGGAUGACAGAACAGCCAAUAAGUUGCUGUGGAUCACUGAUGGUGGCGCUAAAGUCGCCCGUAUGACUGAUGACAUCACUUGUCCUGUAUUAGACAGACCAGAGCGAUACGAGUACACUCCACAGGUUCUCUGCAGGGAAGGCAUCGGGGGUUUCCGAGGCUACUGGGAGGUGCGAUCGUCUGGAUGGGUCGUGGUCGGAGUUGCGUUUGAACGAGCAGGACGGAGGAACAAGGAAGGGCCCUGCGGCUUCGGAGAGAACCACGAAUCCUGGGGCCUGGAGUGGAGCGGCUCCGGCUACCGAGUCUGGCACCAGGGCCAGAAGGAAGAGAUCAACGGGAUUCCCCAUCACGCCACCAUCGGUGUGUACGCUGACCAGCCUGCUGGGUUACUGAGCUUCUACGCUGUUGAAGAAGAGGAGGAGGAAGAAGGCGCAGUCAGAAAGGAGGUGAAACUUUUGCACCAGGUCAGGAGCUGCUUCCAGCACAAGCUGCUGCCAGGGUUCUGGGUGGGGACAAACUCCUACUGCCUGAUCCUGCAGAAGGAGGAGUAAAUCAGAAAAUCAGAUCAAACGGAAUAAAAACGAAUUCAGGACAAGUAAGAGUUGCUGCAUGAAUCUUAUUGAGAUUAUGCUUCUUUCUUAAAAACAAUUAGAUUUGUUGAAAUCAAGUGUUACAAACUAAAUAUACUCAGUGGAGCCCCACCUAUUUAUUGUUCAACAUUCAUAGAUUUUCUCUUUUUUUGCAGAUUUUUCCUGUUAAUUAACUUUCUUUAUCAUAGAGUUUGAAAAAAUCUGCUAGGGGAAACCAGGGUUUCACUGUACAUAUAUUAUUCCCAGUUCAUAGAAAAUAUAUUUGGUUUAUGCUUCCAGUUAAAUGCUAUUUUGCAUACUAGUAAAAAGAACAAAGUACACUUAAGUAGCAGCUUUGUAAAGAUUGCAGAAUGAAUUUAAUUUUCUUAUUUAGUAAGAAUCUGAAAGUUAGAAAAAAUAUCUAUUUUUGUUGUUUUUAUUGAUGCUGCAGGGAGUUUAGUCACAUAAACUCAAAGCCUUUUAUAGAAUAGCAGAUGUGUUGGUUUCACUUUGGCCAAAUGUUUAAAAACAGAAGUAUAGGGAGCUACAUAAAAUAAUACAGUAAGAAAUCGAGCAGGAGUAUUUUUUAACCACUCUAUGUUGACACCAGUUUUAUGUAUUUUCUCCAAUGUCGUUUGAAUGUACACGGCGGUUAUGUUGAGAAUGCUAAGCAAAAGUUUGAAUAAAUUAUAUACC